AUGAUCCCAUAUAAUUCGGCCUCUCACAAUUCUGACGAUGAAGUAGGGGAGGUUUAUCUUCCAGACGAAGCACCAAUCGAGUAUGCCGAAGUUCCUUCCGAUGAGGAUGUAGAAAUGAUGUCUGAUAGUGGAGGGUCAGAAGUUUUUUCUCCAGAAACAGAUGACGCCAAGCUCGUUUUGACUAAGCACAGGGAUAGUGUUUUCUGCGUUGAUGUUCAUCCCACUGGGAAGCUCAUUGCUUCAGGAUCUCAGGAUGAUAACGCCAUCGUUUGGAAUAUAGAAACAGGAACCGAGGUCUUUACCUGCACUGGCCAUUCGGAUUCUGUGACCUAUGUUGCGUUUAGCCCUGAUGGCCAAUUCCUUGCAACAGGAGAUAUGGCGGGUUUUACUCAGAUAUGGCAUCUUGCAUUUCCUUCCCAUUGUGUUCAAGAUGCCAUAAUUACUUUAAAUCGGAGCCUUCAAUUUGGAGAGCUUUCUUCUCUAAGUUGGUGGCAGUUACCAUUUCAAGAAUCUCAUGCAAACCGACCUAGGCCAUUGGUUCUUAACGUUGGAAGUGAAGAUGGCAUUUAUUCUGCAAGUUUGGUUGGAAUAUCUUCAAGGAUUGCAGAAAAGGCUCCCAAAUACCUAAUGGGAUCUGGGAAAGCUGUGGUUGGAGUAGUUGCUGUGCCAUCAACUAAUGCAACGGAACGCCCUCUUUUUGCCGUGAUUUGUCGCGAUGGUGAUUUUCGUGUUUGGGAUAUUAAGGAUGAACGAAUUCUUCUUCAGUCCUUGCUUCCCAUGCCCCCAUUUGAUCCCGAUGUUGAUGUAACGGAAGAAGAGCUAUCUAAGGGAUAUUUAUGCAUUGAUGCUCCUCACGAGUCUCAAUUAGUUGAUAUGGUAGCUGUUGGAGGAUUCGAGAAAGUUGUCCUAGUACCCUGUAGACCACCACCUUUUGAAGAAGUGGAAAAUGGCCCCAAAAAAAUCAAUGCAAAUUCGUUCACAACUAUUCAAUUGGAUGCUGGAGCAAUGAGUGUUGAGACAAUUGAGUUUUCUCCGACACAUCCCUUCUUGGCAUUCGGUACCGUGGGAGGUCAGAUUGGAGUCUACGAUACAAGCCUUAUGCGAAUGCGACAGAAGUGGUCCUACACGGAUCCAAGCACUGGAUACGAAGAAGCCUUCGGCAUUACCUCUCUCAAAUGGAGCCGUUCGGAGCCCCUAGUCUUCUACACCUCCACACUAGCAGGCAGUGUUGUCGCAUGGAACGCAUCCAGUGGCAACGGAAUUUCCGUGGCCGUUUGGCGUGGUCAUUCAGCAGCCGUACUUGACUUGGCUCUUGCCCCUGUCACUCCCGAGUAUCCCCGAGAGAGAUUCAUUGUCUCCUCUUCGGAUGACCAUUCCGUACGAGUUUUCGACGUGGAACGUCUGCGUGAGAAUACAGCGGAGGAGGGUGCAUAA